CGCAGCGACACCAUCCGCGCCCCGGGAUAUAUAUUAUUGAUGCGCUAACCUAUGCGAAACGGUGCAACGACUCGUCUCGAAUUGUGCAGCGUGUAGUGAUCUGUCGCGCGUAUCGCGUCCUCGAACGUGGUGCACGUGGUGCGAUCGCUGGAUCUCUGCGCUCUGCUGCUUGUUGCAAAGCCGCCGACGCCCGACGACGCUUGACAAGCGCUCGUGCGCGAGCGUCUCCUCGUGCUCAACUGUCAUCGUGCGUACUCGCCGCCGUGGGAGGCUGUCUCGCACCCUGUGACUCGGCGAAGUCACCGAUGUCUCGCGAGUAUUCUUGUACAAGUUUCCCGCAGACGUCGUGAACUCACCUUCGCUCCUUCUGCUCUCGCAUGCGUGCUUCUCCUGGAAUAUUUACUUACAGGAAAGUGGACUGUGUCGCAUGGGUGAAAUAUUAUCGCUAGAUGAUAGAGUGUGAAAGAUUGGACUGUGUCAAGUCCAAAGAAAAGGCUAUCCAUUUGAGGGAAAAAGAGUGGCAGUAUCCACCACGGCUUUUACGGAGAUGGUUGGAUUGGCGGGCGGGGGAGGUCAUUUGUAUCCCUCGCCCCCCAUGCAACCCAAUCCAGAAUUAAGAGAAAUGACCGGAAUUGCACCCAGUGCACCGACCAGUGCAGACGCUUGCCUGAGCAUUGUACAUUCAUUGAUGUGUCAUCGUCAAGGUGGUGAAAGUGAAAGCUUCAGCAAACGCGCAAUUGAAUCGCUAGUGAAGAAGCUCAAAGAGAAACGCGACGAGUUGGACAGCUUGAUAACUGCAAUAACCACUAAUGGAGCACAUCCCAGCAAAUGUGUUACCAUCCAAAGAACUCUCGAUGGCAGAUUACAAGUGGCAGGACGCAAAGGUUUUCCGCAUGUAAUUUAUGCUCGCAUUUGGAGAUGGCCGGAUUUGCACAAGAACGAACUGAAACAUGUAAAAUACUGCCAGUUCGCUUUCGAUUUGAAGUGCGAUUCCGUAUGUGUGAAUCCCUAUCAUUAUGAACGAGUGGUGUCGCCCGGAAUAGACCCGUUCUUUACAGACCUGUCCGGACUGACUCUUCAAUCCGGUGUGGGUGUGGGACCUGGUGGCAGAUUGGUCAAGGAUGAGUACACAGUUGGCGGUGGAGGUACCGCUGCCGCAGCGGCCGCGGCCGCCGUUGGAUCCGCGAUGGACGUGGACGGUGAAAUGAAUCAAACGAUUCAGCAUCAUCCACCGACUCCCCAAUCGACCGCUUCGAACAAUGCUCAACAAGCCCAACAAGGGUUUAUACCGGGCUUAUCAACUCCCAAUCCAACCAGUACUGAGGGUAUGUUUAAUGCCGGUGGGAGUGGCAAUAAUGGUAAUCCCCACGCUAAACUGGACGACAAUAAUUGCCCCAGGCAAACCUGGAUUCCCACAUCUCAUCACUCGGCAGGCCGUAAUAUGCAUCAUCCAGUAGUACAUCCAAUGAGUCACACCGUAGGUAGCCAACAACAAUCGCUGAACGCCGCGUCCAGCGGAACGUCCGGUGCGCAGAUCCUGAGUCCCGCACAGGGACAAUCGACCGCCGAUACGUUCUACGGUACCAACACACCCCCGCAAGACAUCAAUCAACCUCCUACCGUCGACGCGCUAGCAGCCUCUUUAGGUGAAGGACAAAGUUCACCCGUAUCACCUGUACAUCUUCAUCAUCCAAAUGGAUUCCCCGUGGGCACAGCACCAUACAAUUCCGGGACACCGCAAUGGACCGGUGCCAAUACUCUCACAUACACUCAAAGUAUGCAACCUCCAGAUCCUCGACAUCUUCAUACAGCAUCGUACUGGGGAGGCCAUGGAAAUGAUGUUGGUGGAAAUAUCGGAGGAUUGCUUUCCACGCAACCAGCGCCGGAAUAUUGGUGCUCCGUGGGUUACUUCGAGUUGGACAUCCAAGUCGGAGAGACAUUUAAAGUCAGCAGCAGUUGUCCCACAGUCACCGUAGAUGGCUACGUAGAUCCGAGCGGCGGAAAUAGAUUCUGUUUAGGUGCCUUGAGCAAUGUGCAUAGGACAGAACAAAGCGAGAGAGCGCGUCUUCACAUAGGCAAAGGCGUUGUGCUGGAUUUAAGAGGUGAAGGCGAUGUUUGGUUAAAAUGUCAAAGCGAGCACAGCGUCUUUGUACAGUCUUACUAUCUGGACAGAGAGGCAGGUCGCGCACCUGGUGAUGCGGUACAUAAAAUUUAUCCAUCGGCGUAUAUUAAAGUUUUUGAUCUGAGACAAUGUCACAAACAAAUGCGAGGUCAAGCCGCCACUGCCCAGGCUGCCGCAGCAGCGCAAGCUGCAGCUGUUGCCGGUCAUCUGACGCAUGGAGGGCCUAUCGCCAAAAGUAUCAGCGCAGCUGCGGGAAUUGGAGUCGAUGAUUUACGAAGACUUUGUAUCCUGCGUUUGAGUUUUGUUAAGGGAUGGGGUCCAGAUUAUCCGCGACAAAGUAUAAAAGAAACACCAUGCUGGAUUGAGGUACAUUUACAUAGAGCGCUUCAAUUACUGGACGAGGUGCUACAUACGAUGCCGAUCGAUGGGCCACGAGCGAUCGAAUAAUUCCAUCAAUUUAAAUUACGAAAAGUAAAAAGAACAUCAUAAUGUUCGAAUGAAGUGCGCAAGUGUAAUAAACAUUUUAUAAAUGAUCAUUCAAAUAAUUUCAUCCUUGAAAUGCGAGUGAACAAACCGGACGAACCAAAUUUAUCAGAUGGGAAUGAUCAAAUAAUUGAGACAAGAAAAUUCGCGCGCGCGCGCGGCCAUAGGAAGCUCAGAGAGAACUUGCGGAAGUUAUUUAUAUAUUUAACAACUCGUGAUAUAUAAUAAUCUGUGUAGGACAGGGGUUCCCAAACUUUCUAGUUUACAUUGCAGAUGGUCCCUCUCACAGAUAGAAUACUUGUAUGUAUUCUGAAAAUGUAUAUAUUUUACAUAUUGUAUAUUUUAUCGUAGAAUGUACAAAGUAAAGCUUAGUCGUUCUCAUCUUUAUUAAUUAUUUCUUAUUUGCUAGUAACUCUU